AUUCAUAGAACCUAACGUUCGAAGUAUUUGUUUUGCCCCACCACCACCGAGUCACAGCAGAGGCGAACAACUAUCUUCAUUUCAUUUGGUCUGUCUACAGGAGAGUCACAGCACAGUCACAGCAUAACCCUUGUUGUUCCAGUGCAUAAAAGUUGGAAGAUAUUCGCAGUUUGUCAUUCCCAAUGAUGCGAGAACUCGUCAAAAGUUAUGAAGUAUGGAACUCUACAACUGAAAAGCUGGACCAUAUUGUCAUUGGCCGUUGGCAUCCAUCUUUAACCGAAUCACCUCCUGUACCUCCCACAGGCUCUUUUCUAAAGCGCCCGUGCAUACUCCUGCCUGAUGACUACGACUCAGACGAGCCAGAAAAGCCAGGUGUGUGGACACCUGGAGACUAUCUGGUCAAGGAGGCCAAAGUCUACGAAAUCCUUAAGCAGCACCCUCACCCUAAUAUCUCUACUAUGGAUGCUGAUCCCACCCUGAACCAUGCCGCGAUUCUUGACGGUGUUUCGAAAGGGCUCACUUUUCUGCAUGAGACGCUCGGUCUUGUGCACAAUGACAUCAACCCCGCUAAUAUCGCGCUCGAUGACGCGGGAGAUCCUGUGAUAAUCGAUUUCGACUCUUGCAUACCGAUUGGGGAGGCGAUAGGGUUGUCUAGCAAAGCGGGAACACCUGGAUGGACAAUGGAGCCGAUGCCGACCAUCGCUCUUCCAGAAAAUGAUAUUUAUGGCCUGGAACAGAUUGGCGAAUUCAUGAAGGGAAAGCGUUCAUAGAUAUUGCGCCAAUCAUUCAGGAAAAUCUGAAAGGUGGGAUAUGACUAGAAUGCUGCGAUGUGGUUCGGCGUUUGCGCAACGAAGGUCAGGAAGGUAUAUCUGCUGUAGCGAGAAGCGAGAUUAGUACAUUUACUUAUAAAUUGAUAUGAUUGAGAAUUU